CCCCCGCGCGCGCCCUCGCCCGCCGCCUGGCUGCAGCCCGACCUGGAGUCCCACAUCCCCUCGCACACGAUCGCCGUGCCGCGCCCGCCGCCGGAGCCGACGCCGCUCGACAACCUGCUGGCGGUGGCCGAGCUCGAGUUCAACCAGCAGCGCGCCGACCUCGCCGACCCCGCCCCCUUCUCGUUCCUCCGCGCCGAGGAGGUCGCGCGCGACGUGAUGUCCUUCGAGCUCAGCGAGCCGAAGACCGCCGAGGGGACGUUCUUCGAGCGCGAGGCACCGCCCGAGCGGGCCGAGGAGUACCCAGCCGACGUGGCGGCGCACGCGGACCUGUUCGACACGAUCAGCGAGGCGCACUACCUGCCGGAGCUGGCCGGGCCGCACGACGAGGCCCUGCUCGAGUCGCUCGUCGAGAAGGGCUGCGAGGACAACCAGAUCCUUGGCCAGACGCUGGACAAGCUGGCGCACCUGGUGCACGGCGCCGGCGAGUACGCCGAGGAGGAGGAGGACAUGCUGCUGGCCGGCGCGCCCGUCGCCGACCUCAUCGACCGCCUGGAGCAGACGCUCGAGUCCCCGGCGCGCAGCAGCAUCACGGCCGCGCAGGGCCUGCUGCACCUGCACAACAUCGGCGACCACCUACCGCCACCCGAGCGCCGCGCCGACGACGACCGGACCUUCGGGACGGACCGGCUCUACGCGGAGGAGAACGGGUCGGCCGACGCGAAGCCUAGCCCGGAAACGCAGGAGGAGAGCGGGUCGGCGCACACAGACUACGAUCACGGUAUCGAACAAAAUCUAGAAAAUAACGUGCCCGCGAGCGAAACAAAUUACAACAUCGAAUCGGUCCCCGAAACUAACGGAGCCUACUCGGAGGACAAGACGUACGACGAUGCUCAGAUCCAUUCCGUUCCCGAUCAGAGUGAAAUCACCUCCGACGAGACGGAGCACGAUAAUCUCGGCACGGAUAUAGCCGACGAAAUAAAUGAAAAACUCGAAGACAGCCAGGAGGGAAAAGUCGACGAAAACUACGAGGAAAAGAAGGACGAUGCGCCCGCACUUGCCAACGAUUCGGAUUAUGGCAAAGACGGUCGGGAGGCGCUGUCCAACAACGAGGACGUGGGCCCGACCGACUUGAGCAUAAAGCAUGUCGAGCGGCUCGUCGACUCCAACACGCUCGCCGGCGACGCGGAGGCGUCCAACAUCGAGGACAACAUGUCGGUGAAGAGCGACGAGCAGCCGAAGGACCUCACCGUGCACCGGCGGCUGCCCACCCCGCACGCGUCGCCGCGCCGCACCGACGUGCCGCGCGCGCCCUCCCGCGAGUCCGACGCCAUGCAGUCGCCGCAGCCCAGCGGAAUCCCCGCCGUGCCCUCCUCGCCCGAGAUAUUCAACGUGCCGCUCGGCAGGAGCAAGCAGACCGUGUUCCUCGAGUCGCUGCUGUCCUCGCCCUCGCCGAAGAUGUACACGUCCGAGGUCACCAUAACGAAGCAGCAGUGCGAGCCGCUCAAUCUCGGCAAGCACAGGAAGAGCGCGAGCCCCACCGUGUCCAGCUGCUCCGACGAAAUCAAGAAGAUGACCAAGGAGUUCGGCGAGCCGCAGGAGAAGAAGUCGAGGCCCGACGCCGGCGACGAGCUCGCCAAGAUGAGCAAGGUGUUCGCCAAGUGCGACGAGCAGGCGACGAGGCGGGCCCACGACAGGAGGGACGCUGGCAAGUCCUACGACGAGUGCAGCCCGCUGAAGCAGUUCCAGAUCCUGAAGUCGAGCCCGGACUUCAACAUUCCGGACCCCCUGCUGAUCCCGAAGGACAAGCUCAACAAGAUCCUCGAGAACCCCGUCCGGGAGAUCCCGGGCCUGCUCAUCCAGCGGCCCGAGCUGCGCCUGCCGCAGGCCUUCGCGUUCCCGGCUGUGCUGCAGGAUCCCGAUAUCCUCGUCAUCUCGCUGUCGCAGCUCGAGAGCAUCCUCAUGAACGAGGAGAAGCCCGACGCUGCCCCCAGGGGCCGGGAGACGAAGCCGCCGCCGCGCUCGGCCGGCGCCGACAAGGCCGGCACGCCGCAGCCCGAGCCGGCCGGCCGGCCGAAACCGAUCCCCUCCAUGGACGCGCUCGCCGGCGACAUCGACGCCGCCACCUCCGCCGCCCUCAACCAGAUGCUGUGGCUGCCCUACAUCAGCCAGCUCGAGGCGAUGGCCGCCUGCUCGCAGAACAUGGACUUCAUCAAGGCGCUGAACUCGAGCGGCUACCCGGGCUACCCGGACCUGGCGCAGAUGUUCCCGGGCGCACGGUUCCCGGGCCCCGCCGGCUUCCCCGUCGCGACGCCCAUGGACUACGACGGGCGGCUGCAGCUAGCGAUGUGGCAGGAGGCCGCCGCUGCCGGCUCCCGCGCAAAGCCCGACCCCAAGGACGGCAAAGCGGGCGACGUGCAGAACCCGUACGUGCACUCUACCCGGGGCCACGGGGGGAAGGGCGCGGCGCGUGGCCCGCCGGGCUACGGGGCGCGGCCGCCGUUCCCGGCGUACCCGCCGCCGCGGCCCGCGCCGCCACCCGCGCUGCAGAUCCCGUACUUCGCGGCGGGGCGCGCGCGGGCUGGGGCGGGCGGCCAGCGCAGCCCGCCCUCGCCGUACUACCCGGGGCGGGAGGCGCGCGCGCAGGAGUCGCCGCGGCCACGCAUCAGCGUCAAGUCGCUGCAGAACCUGCUGGAGCCGGGCGCGCGGCGGCGGCGGCGCGACGAGCCCGAGGUCGGCAGCACGACGCCCGGCGAGCCCCCGCCGCCCGACCCCGCCGCUUACCACCUGUGGCACCCGCUCUUCGGCAACCAGAAGAGCUACAACAGCCCGUGGAGUUGGACGACGGUGACGGCGACAGGGGACUGACCGCGGGCCCCGCGCGGCCCACCGCCCGCGCACUAGCGCCGCGGGGGUUGCGGCGCGGGGGACAGCGCACGAACUGA